AUGACAGUGUUUGUUACAACAUUUUUGGUAGCCUUAGUUUAUCUCAGUGAUAUUCAGGUUGCAGCUUUUAUAAAAUCAAACGACUUCGGUAUUGAAAAUCAUUUGGGUUCACGCACUCCGUACAGGUUUAAGUAUAAUAAAAAUGACUCUCGAGUUAUUUAUGAAAAUUGCAGAGACCAUAAAAUCUGGAUGGUGAUUCGCCAUGGCACACGUCUUCCUGGUGUUAAAGACAUAAUGAAAGCUCAAAAUCUUACAAAAAUAAAGCAGGAGAUAUUAUUGCAGCACAGUAAUGGAAAAGGUCAAUUAAGUAUGAAACAAUUAAAGCAAAUGGAAGACUGGUAUAAUGAUAUUCCUCUUGAACGUGAUAAAUUUUUGACGCUGGAAGGCCAAAAUGAAAUGAUACAGUUAGCUGAGAGAAUGCAGAGAAGAUUUCCUCAUGCAAUGAAGCAAUCAUAUGAUAAUAAGACAAUUUUAUUCCGUUACACAGCCACACAGAGAGCUCAGCAGAGUGCAAGAUAUUUUGCAACUGGAUUAUUUGGUGAAAAAGAUGUGAAAAGAAUCGUAUUUCCUCCCGCCCACAAAAUCGACAAAGUUUUGAGGUUUUACAAAUACUGUGAUAAGUGGCAAAAGCAAGUUAAGAAAAAUCCAGAAACUUACAAGGAAUACAACUUGUUUGGUAUUAGUCGGGAAAUGAAUGAGACCUUGGAGUAUGUGUCUAAAAGACUAGGUCUUACAAAUGUACUCACAUUGGAAAUGGUGAAUACCAUUUACAAGUUAUGUGGAUAUGAGACAGCAUGGCACAAACGACACAUAUCAGUGUGGUGUAAUGCAUUUGAUGAUAAGAGUAUUAAGGUUCUGGAAUACUACCAUGAUUUACGUUCGUAUUGGUUGGAUGGUUACGCGAAUGAAUUGACAUAUCGCCAGGGGUGCGUCUCUAUGAGACACAUGUUCAAUAGUUUGACCAAAGAAAACCGCCCCCGUGCAACAUUCCUAUUUACACAUUCCGGUACACUUGUAAAGAUUUUAGCGCAUUUGGGGCUGUAUAAGCCAGAAGCGCCACUCACAGGCUCGAAUAUGGUGAACGAUAGACAGUGGAGGACUUCGGAUAUCGAUAGUUUUGCCGCUAAUUUAGCCUUUGUUCUGUUUAAGUGUAAAGGUGGCGACCGUGUAUUGACUCUACACCAAGAAAAAAUAGUUAGACUGCCUAUGUGCUCUGAAGAUCUAUGCCCAUUGAAAAAAUUGACCAAUUACUUUCAGGACUCUAUCCACAAUUGUAACUUUAAUGAGAUUUGCGGCACUGUUGAGGGCAAAGAUGAGGCCACACAAGCCACUAAAAGCAAGUUAAAUUUGACCCUCAGGGUAAAUGAGGAGCUUUGA